AUGAUCAGACUCGGCCUGAACUCAUCCACCGCGCCAUGGCUCGCCUUUCUGGUGCUGCUGCUCGCUCUUUAUCCUGCCGAUGCGACAGCGCAUGGAGAAUCUCCCCAAGCCAAGGCUGCGACGCCAACUGUGACGGCUGCUCCCAUCUAUCUGCCGUAUUAUGAUGAGCGUUCGUGGUCGCUGGUCCGGGGGAGCAUCAUUUCAACAGAUCCUUCGGCUAGUAGGACCACAUACACCAUCUUUUGCCCGACCCAGACGCCUCUAGCAUGCGACUUGUCUCUUGAAUUCCCCUUUGUCAUCGUAGAAGGACCAGACACGCUCGAAUUCCAUGGAACCGUGACGUCGACAUACAUUGCCGAUGUGGAAUGCGACUUGAACGGCACGACGGCAGCAACGUGUUCGGGUUACUCUAGCUACAAAUCCGGUUACACCAACGGGCCUCACACUGGACCAUCACAGGUUUCGUGGACGUCUACAUUUACUGGCUCCGAAGUGCAGUGGGGAACCUUGACCUUGGCCGACUGUCCAGGGGCAACCGACGGUGCUGCUGAUACUUCGGGGGUCAUAGCGACGCCAACAGCUCCUUCGGGAAUGAUGUAUGAGCCUUCGCCGACGUCGUUGGGAUCGAAUUUGCGGAUACCCGAACUGCGGUCUCUCUACGGACUGGCGGCAAGCAUCAUCGCCAUCUGUCUAGCAUUAUAG